GGGCCUCGAGGCCGGUUUGGAAUUUUUGGCGCGAGCUGGCUCCGCGCGCGUUCACGGGCCGUUCCCCUUCUUGGAGGGUGCUUCGUCCUGGUGUCCAGAGGCCCCGCUGCCCGAUCCCGGCCUGCCUGGCUUCUGCGAGGUCCCCAGCGGCCUCCGCCGACCCGGAACCUGGGACCUCGCUGCUGCGCCGUGCUGCGCCCCGCCCAGCCUCCCCAGGAGAGAGAAGAAAGGUCUUGGCUAGUCUACCACUCAACUGAAAACUAGCCUCUGCCCUGUGGAGUUGCUGAGAGACUGAGUGAUGCUGAGAGCCUGCUCUUCCAGGCAAACACUAACUGUGACAGGGAGCAGAGGCAGCAGAGCCUCACCUCCGGGCCCUGCACACAGCCGGCGACCAUUCCACACUCUCAGCAAGAUUUGCUAGAUUUUCUUCUGUAAACCCUUCACUUCUCCGUCUGUAGUACUACGUUCAGAGACUUAAGAUGCAUAGUUCCCCUCUAUUCUAUUUCUGAGGAGAAGUCCCCAGGUCUCAUAUUAAGUAGGGAUAUUCUAGAAGAGAAUCAAUUCUAGUACGAUAACUCUGAAAAUAGAGGAAGGAAGUUUUGGAACUCAGAAGUUGUUUUUAUUGUUUUAAACUGGUGAUGAGGGACCUUGGGGGAGGCUUCAGGGAGGAAGGCUGAAUGGACAACUGUGGGGCUGCCAGGCUUAGCGUUUCCCUGCCAAGUAUGAGGCCCUCAGGGAUCCAGGGACACAGGAUCUGGUCCUGACUUCGUAUAAUUGCCACCUCCCAACCUCAGACGGCACUGAUACAGGUGUGUGAUGGCCUGUCCUUUUCCUUCUCUGCAGGUACUUGUGUCCUACACAACCUUCAUGCGGACAAUAGAACUUGUGUGUAGCAAAGAAGUGGCUCUCUUGUGGGCCACAGGAUCCAGCUCUGUUUGAGGGGACACACCGCCUUGUGCUCUGAUCCUCUAGCACUGACCAUGUCCAUGCCCACUGAGGGCACCCCACCACCCCUAAGUGGUACCCCCAUCCCAGUUCCAGCUUACUUCCGACAUGCAGAACCUGGUUUCUCCCUCAAAAGGCCUGGGGGCCUCAGCCGGAGCCUUCCACCUCGGCCCCCUGCCAAGGGCAGCAUCCCUGUCAGCCGUCUAUUCCCCCCUCGGACCCCCGGCUGGCAGCAGCCCCAGCCCCGGAGGGUGUCUUUCCUGUGCGAGACCUCAGAGACGCUGCAGAGCCCUGGGUACGACCCGAGCCGGCCAGAGUCCUUCUUUCAGCAGAAUUUCCAGAGGCUCAGCCGACUGGGUCAUGGCUCCUAUGGAGAAGUCUUCAAGGUGCGCUCAAAGGAAGAUGGGCGACUCUAUGCUGUUAAGCGCUCCAUGUCACCAUUUCGAGGCCCCAAAGAUCGGACUCGUAAGCUGGCUGAGGUAGGCGGCCACGAGAAGGUGGGGCAGCACCCACACUGUGUGAGACUGGAGCGGGCCUGGGAGGAGGGUGGCAUCCUAUACCUGCAGACAGAGCUCUGUGGGCCCAGCCUGCAGCAACACUGUGAAGCCUGGGGGGCCAGCCUGCCAGAGGCCCAGGUCUGGGGCUACUUGCGGGACACUCUUCUGGCUCUGGACCACCUACACAGUCAAGGCCUAGUUCACCUGGAUGUUAAGCCUGCCAACAUCUUCUUGGGCCCCCGGGGCCGCUGCAAGCUGGGUGACUUUGGACUACUGGUGGAGCUGGGUUCAGCCGGUGCUGGCGAGGCCCAGGAGGGAGAUCCUCGCUACAUGGCUCCAGAACUGCUGCGGGGCUCCUAUGGGACAGCUGCAGAUGUGUUCAGUCUGGGUCUCACCAUCUUGGAAGUGGCCUGCAACAUGGAACUGCCCCAUGGUGGGGAGGGAUGGCAGCAGCUGCGUCAGGGGUACUUGCCCCCCGAGUUCACUGCUGGUCUGUCUUCUGAGCUGCGUUCUGUCCUCACCAUGAUGUUGGAGCCUGACCCCCAGCUUCGAGCCACGGCUGAGGCCCUGCUGGCCUUGCCCAUGCUGAGGCAGCCACGUCCCUGGAAUGUUCUGUGGUAUAUGGCUGCAGAAGCCCUGAGUCGAGGUUGGGCCCUGUGGCAGGUCCUGGUCACUCUGCUCUGCUGGCUCUGGCAUGGCCUAGUUCAUCCUGCCAGUUGGCUGCAGCCUCCAGGCCCACCAGCCACACCACCUGGCUCUCCACCAUGCAGUCCCCUCCUGGACAGCACCCUCUCCAGCAACUGGGAUGAUGACAGCAUAGGCCCCUCACUUUCCCCAGAGACCAUCCUGUCCCGGAUCACGAGGAGAACCUCUACCCCUCGGGGCAGGUACACACCAAGGGAUGUCCUGGACCUAACUGAUAUGGACUCAGAGCCUCCAAGAGGUCCCUGCCCCACCUUUGAGCCAAGGAAUCUCCUCAGCCUGUUUGAGGACUCCCUAGACCCAGCCUGAGCCACAGGCCCAGUCAGCCUUGGUGCUUUUAAACCUCUGAACUUCUUGCCCACCUCUCCCCCUGAAACUUCUGUAUCUAAUAAAAAGUAAUGAGUCUUGGGAACACCCAAGGUUGCUCAUAUGGCAA